UAAAUCCCUCAAUAUCCUAAGUAUUACUACUUUCAAAUUCACUUGUAUAAAUAACACUCAAAUUCUUCCCCCCGAAAACCCACUCUUACUAAUUUAUUACACACCAAUAAUGGAAAUUAAACGUCAACUCAUUGCUCCUCUCCUCCUCCUCCUCCAAAGCUUCCUCCUCGCCGCCUCUGCCCGUCAAGGCGGCAUCGCCGUCUACUGGGGUCAAAAUGGCAACGAGGGCACCCUCGCUGACACCUGCUCCACUGCCAGAUUUUCCUACGUUAACAUAGCCUUCCUCUACAAAUUCGGCGGCGGCCAGAUCCCCGAGCUCAACCUCGCUGGCCACUGCAAUCCCGCCACCAACUCCUGCCGCGUCUUCAGCGAUGAAAUCCGCGCCUGCCAGCGUCGUGGCAUCAAGGUCAUGAUCUCCAUCGGCGGCGGCGUCGGAAACUAUUCUCUCUCCUCCAGAGAAGACGCCCAAAGUUUGUCCGUUUAUUUAUGGAACAAUUUUCUUGGCGGAGGCGACGCCUCCGCCACCCGGCCUCUCGGAGACGCCGUUUUGGACGGCAUCGACUUGGAUAUCGAGCUGGGAUCGUCGCUAUACUACGACGAUCUCGUAAGAUUUUUGAAAUCGUACAGAAGGAAUGGGAGAAGAGUGUAUGUGACAGGUGCACCGCAGUGCCCGUUUCCCGAUCGGUUAUUGGGGGCGGCGCUGAAUACCAGCCUGUUUGAUUAUGUUUGGGUUCAGUUCUACAAUAACCCUCCAUGCCAGUACACUUCAGGGAAUACGGAUAAUUUGGAGAAUUCAUGGAUACGUUGGACGACUUCCGUCAAUGCUGGAAAGAUAUUCCUGGGCCUGCCGGCAGCACCUCAGGCCGCCGGAAGUGGUUUCAUCCCGCCGGAGGUGCUGACAGGGCAGAUUCUUCCGGUGAUCCGAAGAUCGAGGAAAUAUGGCGGGGUGAUGCUCUGGUCAAAGUAUUGGGAUGAUCAAAGCGGAUAUAGUGCCGCCAUUGUAAAAAGCGUGUGAAGUUGGGAUUGAGAAAUGUCGUUUGCACGCUUUUAGAAAUAAGACAGAAGUUCUCUUUUCCACUCCAUGUUGUUAUUUUAUAGCAACAAUAAUUUGCUCCAAUUUUCAAAAGUUUUAGUUUCAA